AUGACGAUGGAGCAAGCGAAGAGGCUCGCGCAGCAGAAGAGUAAGGAUCCGCACACGAAAGUAGGGUGUUUGAUCGUGAACGAUUCUGGGAAGGUCCUCAGCGCCGGAGUGAACUCGUUCCCGACCGGCGUCGACGACUCUCCAUCUUACCGCUGGGUUCGACCGACCAAGUACAAUUACGUGGUCCACGCAGAGCUGAAUGCCAUCGCCGAGGCUGCUAGCUCGGGCGUCUCGCUGCGAGGUGCGACGUGCAUCCAAACGCUGUUCCCCUGCAUCUCCUGCACGAAAGCGAUCAUCCAAUCGCCCGUCUACACCCUAAACGGAAGAAAGACGCCGGAGGAGUACCUCGAUGAGCACAUCCAAUACACGAACGCCAGAGCCACGAGGCUGGGCUUCCAGUCCCCGUCCUUCCGAAAGCUCCCCAAUCUCAUCGCGCUCGCGAUGAAUAUCGCAUCGGUCCCGUACGAGUACCUGCCCAUGAUCAAAUGGCUCGGCGAAGGCGCAUACGGGACGGCAUACUCCGCAAACGGGCUACCUCCCGAGUUCCACAUCGCUAUGUAUAAGGACCUGCAAUUCCGCACCGGUGACCCCGAUUGCCAUUUCGAACAGUGCGUGAUCAAGACGGCUCUCGUGAAAGAUAAGAAGGCUAUCGAUGCUUUCGUGAGGGAGUCGAAGAUGCAGGGUUUGAUAAGCUUGGAGACGUACGGACCCGUCAGCGGCAAGGACUUGGUCCCUAAGAUCUGUUACGCAGGGAUACUCUUUGGCGGAGGAAUGGCUAUCAGCAUACAGGUCAUGACGAGGGCGCCCGGUGACACCUUGCACGCGAUCGCCGUCAGGCAGAACGGACUGACCGCCACGCAGUACGUCGCCGUGGAGAAGACCUUCGUCUCCAUGUGGUCGCUAGGAUUCGUUCACGGAGACUCCCACGCGAACAACAUAUUGUACGACGUCAAGAACGAUAAGGUCACGAUAAUCGACGCCGGCAUGACUCUCCUGCUACCGUUCGCCAUCCGGGACGCCGUCAGGAGCUUUGACCCGGCCAGAUACCCGGGACUAGAGAUUUUCGCACGCACUAUAGACCACCUGACGCAUGGGUACAUCCAGGACUACAACGCGGAUGGAAAGAUGUUGGCGACGUAUUUGAAAUGGGUCCUCCCCGAAGAGCGCAAGCUCGUCAAUCGCCUGCGCUACGAAGCUUGGCAGCAGAGGAUGGCUCGAGUCAGGAGGGCGUGGUAG